AUGUGCGAGCGGGCGGCGCGCCUGUGCAGGGCCGGCGCGCACAGGCUGCUCCGGGAGCCGCCGCCGCAGGGCCGGGCGCUGGGCGGGCUGCUGCGCUGGGUGGGCGCCAGGAUGGGCGAGCCCCGGGCGCCGCUGGCCCCCGACGCCCCCGACGCCCCCGCCGACCCCGCCGCGGACCCCGGCCCCGGGCCCGGCUCGCCGCGCGGGGGCACCGCCGUCAUCCUGGACAUUUUCCGUCGCGCGGACAAAAAUGACGAUGGGAAGUUGUCCUUGGAGGAAUUCCAGCUCUUCUUCGCAGAUGGUGUCCUCAAUGAGAAAGAACUGGAAGAUCUCUUCCACACGAUCGACUCCGACAACACCAACCACGUGGACACCAAGGAGCUGUGCGAUUACUUUGUUGACCACAUGGGGGAUUAUGAGGACGUCCUGGCCUCCCUGGAGACCCUGAAUCACUCCGUCCUGAAGGCCAUGGGCUACACCAAGAAGGUGUACGAGGGCGGGAGCCAUGUGGACCAGUUUGUGACCCGCUUUCUCCUGAAGGAGACGGCCAAUCAGAUCCAGUCGCUGCUGAGCUCCGUGGAGAGUGCGGUGGAGGCCAUUGAGGAGCAGACCAGCCACAUCCGCAGACAGAACCACGACAAACCCGGCCAUGGCGCAGUGGAGGCCUGGUGUGGAAGCCCCGCGCCCCCCCAUGCCCCCAACCACAAGCUGGGGGCCGCAGAACACGGGAAGAGUCUUCCGCCCGUCCCUGCGGACCCCAAGGAGGAGGGCCUGGAAGCCCAGAUCAGCCGCUUGGCAGAGCUGGUGGGGCGGCUGGAGAACAAGACCCUUUGGUUUGACCUUCAGCAGCGCCUGUCGGACGAGGAAGGCACCAACAUGCACCUGCAGCUGGUCCGGCAGGAGAUGGCCGUGUGCCCCGAGCAGCUGAGUGAGUUCGUGGACGCCCUGCGACAGUACCUGCGUGGCACCGCGGGCGCCAGGACCUGCUUACACGUCGCGGCAGUGAGGCUGGCGGAUGGCUUCACCUUCGUGGUCUAUGAGUUCUGGGAGACGGAGGAGGAGUGGCAGAGGCACCUGCAGAGCCCCGUGUGCAAGGCGUUCCGGCACGUGAAGGUGGACACGCUGGGGCAGCCCGAGGCCCUCUCCAGGAUCCUGGUGCCAGCCGCCUGGUGCACCUCCGGCCGUGACUGACCGCCUCCCGCGGCCUUCGGAGGAACCUGCCCCCGCCCCCUCUUUUCUAGAGACUUUGGUAUACACGCCGUCUUUUCACUCUACUUCCAGACAAGAAUGUACGUUCCCUGCUGUGUGAAGGAGAACCCCCUGCCCCUGGCGUCCCCCCAGACACCCCCGCCCUGAUGGGCAGAGCCCUGCUGAAGCCCAAGGGCGGCCUCCCCGAACCGUCCCCCCCCCGGUGGCUGCGCACGACCCUCCCCUCCAUUGGCCACUGCCUCCGCGCCCUGGUAGGAGCCGAGACCCUGUAGUGCCCAACCUAGGCCUCUGUCCGGGCCGCACAGGCCAGUAGAGCCCGAGGAGCCGGGCAGGGCUCGGCCCUCAGGCGCCAAUAAACUCUGGUUGGGAA